AUGGGUACCUCAAAGCUCAGCCAGCAUGAUACUAAACAAGAUACUUUCGUGUCUGAAGAGCCAGACCAGAGGAGAGGAAGCGAGACGGCUCUGCCUCCAAAUGACGCGCAAGAAGAGGACAACAUCAUUGCUGCUAAGUUAGCAGCGGAGAGAGAAAAAGAUAUGGGAGUUUGGCAGGCCAUCAGAGCCUAUCCCAAGGCUGUCUGUUUUUCCAUGAUACUCUCAAUGAGUCUCAUCAUGGAGAGCUACGAUCUCACUUUAACAAGAAACUUCUUCGGUCUGCCUCAAUUUCGGAAGCGCUUUGGCCAUCCCCUUGACAACGGAGACUACCACUACAAGAAAACCAUCGUAGGGUGUAUGCUAUUUUUGACAUGUUUCAUCUUCCUCUUCUUCUUCGCCACGCGGAUCGAGAUGCUCUUCGCCGCUAGCAUUCUCUGCGGCCUGCCCUGGGGUGCUUUCCAGACCCUGACAACCACAUAUGCGGCGGAUGUCACUCCCCUGGCUCUGCGGCCAAUUCUCACUACCUUUGUGAAUAUGUGCUGGACCAUUGGCUACCUCAUCAGCGGGGGCGUGUUGCGUGGACUUUUGGGUCGAAAGGAUGAUUGGGCGUGGCGAAUUCCCUAUGCCAUCCAAUGGGCCUUUCUUCCCCCCCUGAUCACCGCAGUUCUGUUUACGCCAGAAAGUCCGAUCUGGUUGGUCCGAAAGUGUAGACUUGAUGACGCACGAAAGUCCUUGAGGCGUCUUACAUCGGCCAGCACAUGGCCCGAAGAGGAGAUUGAGCGCAAGGUGGCAUUGAUUGAAUACGAAAAUAGGAUGGAAAAGAAGCUGACAGAGGGCGUCUCGUAUCUCGACUGCUUUAAGGGAACCAAUCUCAAACGCACCGAGAUAACUUGCUGCGCGUGGCUCGCACAGAUAGCCUGCGGCGCUAGCUUCGCUAGCAACGGCACAUAUUUCCUCCAGCAGGUCGGGCUCGACCCUGCUCAGUCGUUCAAUUUCAGUUUGGGGACAAGUGGUCUGGCCUUGCUUGGAACUCUUCUGGCUUGGUUCAUACUUACCCGGGUGGGCCGACGAAGGCUCUAUCUCUGCGGUCUGGCCUCUCUAUUCUUGAUCCUCCUGACAAUUGGUUUUAUGGGGAUCCCUGCGCCGAUGCCUGGCGUGGCCUGGGCAUCAGGAGUCUUGUUGAUGAUAUUCGUAGCCAUCUACGACUUGACCAUUGGCCCCAUCGGGUACUGCCUGGUUUCAGAAAUCCCAUCCUCUCGCCUACGGAUCAAGACGGUCAUCCUGGCCCGAAAUACGUACAACAUCGCCAGCAUCUGCGCUAACUUUCUCAACCCGCCGAUACUUAACCCUACGGCCUGGAAUCUUCGAGGAAAGGGGGGCUUCAUAUGGGCUAGCUUUUGUCUUUUGAUCCUUGUCUGGUCUUAUUUUCGGUUGCCCGAAACAAGGGGGCUGACGCAAGCAGAAAUAGACCUUUUGUUCGAGGAGCAAGUAAGCACGAAAGACUUUGGAACCACAGAAGUCGAACCGUUCCGUUCAGUUGGAUAA